CAAUCAUCAUAAGUUAUAUGUCCUGUCUGCGGCAUAACCGCAAGGAAAGAGGGAAACCAACAAGGCGAAGCAUCAGUUCUUGGCUUUUCUAGGGUUCUCAAUUAGUUCAUUCGAACUGGAGCCGUUGAAGAUAGGCAUGGAUGGUAAUUUAAACGAUAAUGCAACUUUACGUGCUCAGAUCAAAGAAUUGGAGCGCGUUUGACUAGAUGAUACCAGCAUAGUAUUGUUCAUUGUUGAGCUGGUUUUGAUGACUCCAGAAUGGUUCUGUUGUUAAGAAUGAACAAAGAACAGUGUUAUCUGUUCAUGCUUCUUCAUUCGUGCGCGUUCUUGUCCAAAGCGUGAUGAAUUGCAUAAAGAUAUUGAACAGCUAUGCAUGCAACAAGCUGGACCUAGCUAUAUUGGGGUGCCUACUCGUCCUCUUCAUAGGAUAGCUGGGUUGGAGCAGGAGACUGAAAACUUGAAAAAGAAACUAGCUGCUUGCACACGAGAAAAUCAGAAUCUUGAAGAAGAGCUGUCAGAAGCUUAUCGCAUCAAAAGUCAACUGGCUGAUCUACACAGUGCAGAAGUUUCCAAGAACAUAGAAGCAGAAAAGCAGCUUAAAUUUUUCCAAGGUUGUGUUGCUGCUGCAUUUGCUGAGCGGGACCAUGCCGUAAUGGAGGCUGAAAAGGCUAAGGAAAAGGAGGAGCUGGUGUCAAGAGGAUUUCAUGAACUUCAGCAAAGGAUUGAAGAGCUAAACUGUGAAUUACUUGAAGAGAAAAUAUUGACGGCUACUUUACAGAGUGAUUUGGACAGAGAAGAGAGGUUAGAUGAGGCUUUCAAGGAGGUUGUUCAUAAGUUCUAUGAGAUCAGACAGCAAUCAUUGGGGGAUAUCGAAGAUGUGUCCUGGGAAGACAAAUGUGGGUGCCUCCUGCAUGAUUCGUCUGAAAUGUGGACUUUCAGACCUGGGGAAACAUCCACCUCGAAGUACAUUAGUGCACUGGAAGAACAAGUGGAGACACUACGAAAAUCUUUGGAUAAUCUUCAGAACAAGCUACAAAUGGGUCUUGAAAUAGAAAAUCACUUGAAGAAGAAAGUGCGUGCCUUGGAAAAGCAGAAAAUUCGUUCAGAAGAGAAGCUCAGGGCUCAAAUAUCGACAUUUCACCAUUAUCAUUCUCAGCAUAGACUUGAUAUUACAAGCUUACUUGAUGAGGGAUUUUCCCAUAUUAAAUCAGCUAUGAACAUGGUGGAAGAAAAGCUCAAGGGCUGCAGCAUGAGCGAGAGAGACUUAAAUUCUUCUCAAGUAGAUGAUUUAAAGUUCAAUGAACUUGAAUUUCAAGAUGUUCGGAUAAACAAUGAUGAUGGUUCAGAUUUGAUCUUUAAGAGGAACGAGCCUUGCUCGACAACUACCACUACUGUUGGAAAUAGUGAUGCUUCUAAAGCCCUUGCUCUGGCACUAAAUGAGAAGGUUGAAACAUUAUUACUUCUCUCACAACAAGAAGAAAGACAUUUAUUGGAGAGGAAUGUCAAUGCAGCUAUGCAGAAAAAAAUUGAGGAGCUCCAGAGGAACUUACUACAAGUAUUCUGCUGGGUUACAAAUGAGAAGGUCAAAGCUCUCAUGGAGUUGGCACAGUUGAAGCGGGACCAUCAAUUACUGCAAGAGAAAGUUAAUCAGGCCUCUAGACAAGGAAAAUUUGUUGGUGAGAUUGCAGUAAAAAGGCCUGUUCAGGAAAAAGAUGGAAGAUUGAAAAAUCUGCUGAAAACUUCUUAUUUGAGACGCUGGACUGGCAUACAAGAUUCAGAUGGAAAUGAUGCUGACACCCAUCGAGAUUCUGAGGUGAUUUAUGCUGAUAGGAGGCCUACCAAUAGCAUGGAUUAUGCUAGGAUGAAGAUAGAGAAUGCAACUCUAAAAGAGAGCUUAGAAAGUAUGGAUCAUCUAAUUCGUGCAGUUAGGAGGCUUCGUCUUUCACUUUUAAAGGUUAAGGAGUCAGCUGCAUCCGAAGGAACGGAGUACUGCUCCUCGGAGUCGUUGGACACCAUCAUUAAUGAGGCAAAUCAGUUAAAAACUGCACUAGGAAGUUCCCUCCCUCUUAGUUGGUCAGCAGAGGCAGAUUCAGGAUCAUUCAGCGAACGUGUUGAGAUAGAUGUUAAUGGACACUCUACCGGUGAAAACAUGGACUUUGUUUCUGCUGCUGGAUUUGAGAUGGUUGAGCUUUUGGUGUUCAUUGCACAGCUAUUGAAAGAGGACAAAUGUAGUUGACGCCAAGGAUGUAUUGGCUGAAUUGGAGUAGUGCUGGCUCAUAUCCGUCCAACCCGCCCAAUUAAAAGGGGGUUGGAUAAUUGACUCAUUUAGCAGAUCAAAUAUGGAUCAUAUCCAUAUAACCCAUUAUAAAAAAAGGAUAACCAACGGGUCAGAAAUGGAUUCCAUGAGUUUAACCUUUGCCAGCAAGUUCCGUUGGUUCUCCAAGCUCCUGUAACAUCGAAGAAGCGACCAGAAGAAUUUGCGUACAAAAAAUUACAAGAUACUAUGUGUUUUCGUUGGUUAAUCUUUUAACUGUAACUCAGUUUGUUGUCAAGUCUUACUCGUUGCACAGAAGGAUAUUCAUUGGUUGGGGCUUGGCUUUUUUAGUUCUUCCUUUCUCUUCCGUUUGUCUUUUUUCUCAUUUUUCUUUUACUGUUUUUUUCUUUUGGGUAGUCAAACAUUGUAAAUUAGUAUUUUAGAUAUUAUUUUGCUCCGGGAAUGCAAAUUUAUUUGUUAUGCUU